CUCGCGAAUGGCCCGCGGCGAGUCCUUCCACACGAGCCCUUCGCGGAGCGGAAGCGAGACCGAUAUCCUGAGCUUUCAAGCACGAAGCUCUCCGUGAAUUCGCGGCGUCGUCCGAGCGACGAGUCCUACGAGUCCUACGAGCGAUGAAGAGAGACCUGGAGUCGUCUGGUGCAAGCCCGAAGCUCGAAGCGACCCGGAGCUUGCUCGGGAUAACGAGGACGAAGGUCGAUGAGUAAAGGGAGCGGGAGAAACCACAUGUUUUCUCUCUGCGGCGGACUGAGGGAGCAGACUAUCGUUGGCGGAUUGGAGGAAUGAUGGUUUCCUUGUUUAACGAAAGACGCGUUGUCGUCAAUCGCGGUACCACCUAUGCCUGAGACGACUCCUGGGGUUUGAUCGGGGUCCCGAGGACACUGUCGCGUUCGAUGUUUUGCGCGGCCAGUGCAUGGCGAUCUGAUGCGUCACGACGUGAUGUUUAGACUCUCCUCGGCGAUCAAGAGUUCACCGUGCAACCGGAGGGAUGCGCGAGACUAAAAUAAUAAUAUCUUGACUCCGAGGACCGAGGAAUAUCCUUGCCGAGAGAUGAGUUCGCACGCUCAUGCGAGGACCAUGUGCGCCGGCAACGCGGUCUCCGGCGCGUUCUCCGCGUUGCAUCUCUUGCGGAGUUGCAGCCUCUUCGCCCCGAACUCAGAUCUGUGCAGGUACGAGACCUAUCCCGGCCGAGACUACGGCUUUGUCGAGCCCGAUAUUUUAACGAAUUCCGUGGCCACGGAUUCCCCGUCCUCACCGUUAACGUCGUCCUCCUUGUCGGCGACGUUUUCGCUUCCGGGAACGCUGCUCCAACCACCCUUCCUAGCGACGAUGCCACCCUUGAUGCAAUCACUCAGCGUGCCUCAACCGUUCUCCACUCCCGCCACAGGCGCUAUGAAUCGGCACUUCAUCACCACGAGCGGCAUAACCACCCUCCAUCGGAGACCUAGGAGCGAAAAGAAGCCGAUUCCAGAUGAGCAGAAAGAUGAGAAGUAUUACGAGAGACGUAAGCGAAACAACCAGGCGGCGAAAAAGUCGCGAGACGCUCGCAAAAUCAGGGAGGACCACAUCGCACUGAGGGCGACGAUGUUGGAGCAUGAGAACGCGAUCCUGAAGGCGCAGAUAGUGACUCUUCGUGAAGAGGCGCAAUCGCUGCGGCACAUGUUGAUCAAGCAACACAGCCCGGCGAUACAGUCUAUCGAACGAUCGAUGUCCUCGAUGACGCCCGUUACACUCUCCCCGCCGCACACCAGCGCGAGUUUAGAUUGUUAAUUCUUUUCGACGGACAGAAAACGCGCAGAUGUUCGUGUUUGGAGCGAGGAUUAAGACUCGUACGCGGAGUUCAGCCGCGAAUCAUGAUUUUCGCAAGUUCGCGCAACCCGAGGCAAAACAACAUAUGUAGUUACAUAUGAACUUUGUCUCUAUAUGAUCACAUAAUAAUACGCGAUUACACGUGUCCGCACGGAGAAGAAUGCUCUUGUACAAAUACAAUUAAAACGACUGCUUAUAUUCGUGGCAGUCUGUGAUGUAGAAGUUUAAUUAAACGAAACUAUUUUUCUUUUCUUCAUUUAAUUGCGUUUUUUUUUCGUGCGGACAUGUGUAAUUAUAUGUGAUACGUAUGCGGAGACAAAAUUCACAUAAGAGUCGUAUAUAAUUUUAUAUAAUUUUAUAUACAACUCUUUCCGCUCGGAAAGUAUCGUCGCGGUGAAACGGAAAAACGUAACGAUCGGCGCGAAUCGGAGGUCGCAGUCGUGGAAGUUCCAGUGAGAUUUUAAUCUUCGUUUCGGGAAGAGCAUGAUAAAUCACUAAAUAUAUUUAUCUAAUUUGCGCGAAAACAAGAGAUAAAUUUAGCGACUGGAUGCGACCGAGAUAAUAAUAACUUGUGACUUCGAUAGAGAUUAUUUGUUGUUAGAACUAUUAUCGCUCAUAAGUGUAAUUAUUGUUGCUUGAACGUCAAUAAACGAGACACUUAGAAAUGAUACACGCGGAAACCCGUGCCCUUUUGCGUCAAAUAUAAAACUUGAACGUUAUUUGUUUUCACUUUGCAAGGGUUCAUCGCUUUCAAGAGAUACAGAACCACUCUUUUUUCUCUCUUUCUCUUUCCCACCUAUCCCUUCUCCAAUUUCGCACUAAACCGCCUCCUUCGCUUCUACACACGCAGCACAGUCAGAUAUUAAUAAUAUACUUAUAGUUUCCGCGGAGAAAUAAACCGAUAUAAAGCACGAUAAACGCGAUGGCACGGAAAGCCUGCAAUAUAUAUAUAUGUAUACGUAAGUAUAUACUCGCGAAACAAUCUAUCGAUCCUCUCGCAGUAGCAGGGGGAUGAAUAAAUUUAUGUAUAAGCGCUGAAGGAACCAGUGGACCAUCUCCUCUCUCUCUCUCUCUCUCUCUCUCUCUCUCUCUCUCUCU